UCCCGCCACACUUCCGGAGUUGACGGAGGCAACAACAACUCACUGGAGGACAAGAAGUCCAUUUUCAGUGCAAGUCUCUUUACACGUCAGCGUGGCAUUUAACACAAAGUAUACUAACCAGAUGCAGACACGGACAUUAUAGUUUAGGUACCGGUAUUUGCAAAACUAUAGCCUAACUAGUUAGAUGCUACUGUUUACGUAGUCUAAUUUCUUUCGCCAUUGUAAUUGUUAGUUAUUACGUUUUUAUUAUUCUCACUGUCGAAUCCCUACCUUGGUUAGUGGCAUGAUUAAAUUCCAUGCCUGCGGAUUACCGAAGAAAAGAGAUUACCAUCAGGAUUUACUUGAUAUCAAGACUACAGCGAAACCACUCCUCAGAUCCAACCUCUUGUUAGCCAUUAGCCAUGCUUCAGCGUAUGCGAUUGUUUUUCUACAAAACAUCUUUGCAAAUACAUUUCUUGCUCAGUUUACUUUCCCUGAUAGUCUUAUUUUCUAAAUUGACCGUGGGCAGUCUCGGGGCAUAAUAAAUAUGAUAAUAUGUAAUAAUAUUUAAUUUUAUCAUAUUUAAAGUUCAGUCAGAUGCAAACAUAUUACACGUGGAUCUUAUUUCGAGUAGGAGCUCACGGAGAGAUCAUGUUGAAAUGUAUAGUUAUAAUACAGAGGCAGACAAAAGAGGAAGGACAGUCACAUUCUGGCCCCAAUGUUUUAGCCCCUUGACCCGGUCUCUAGGUCUGAAAACGUUUGGUUUUUCAAAAUCUUAAAAGCUUAUCAGCACUCAGCAGUCCUCUUGCGAUGACCACUGCUGGCCGAUGGACAUUUCGGGAGGCCCCUAAACCCCUUCUGACAGAUGACUGGCCUGGCCAAUAAUCACUGAAGCCAGUAAAGUCUGUAAAUGAGGACACUGGCCAAAUCGAUCCAAAAUGAUGGUGGGUGUAACUCUUCUCCUCACUGGGGUCCUAGUCUCUGGAAUACUGCUGCACAAAGCCAACCAAAACACAGCAUAUGUAUCUACACCCUCGGAAAGGCCCAACUUCAUCAUCAUACUGGCUGAUGAUAUAGGCUGGGGUGACCUGGGGGCCAACCAGCCAGGGCAGAGAGCAAACAACACCCCAAAUAUAGAUCUACUGGCUCUCCAAGGCCUCAGGUUGACAGACUUCCAUUCGCCGGCGUCCACCUGCUCUCCGUCCCGCGCCGCCAUUCUCACCGCUCGCUACGGCGUCCGGAACGGCGUGACACACAACUUCGCCGUCCGAUCGGUGGCGGGCCUGCCCCUGUCUGAGGUGGCGUUGCCACGGUUACUGCAGGAGUCCGGCUACUACACGGCCAUGAUAGGGAAAUGGCACCUGGGUCACUGCGGGCCCUACGCUCCGACGAGCCGAGGGUUCGACUACUACUUAGGAAUUCCCUACAGUAACGACAUGGGCUGUACGGACGUUCCCGGAUCUGACCUGCCUCCCAGCCAACCCUGUUCUGCAGGCCCUCAGGGAGAGCCCAGAGUGGGCCUGCCGCUGUUGGAGAACUGCACCGUUGUGCAACAGCCUCUGGACCUGUGGACUCUCACCCUGCGCUACAGAGACGCAGCUCUGAGGAUCAUCCACUCUGCCAGACAACGGAAACAGCCGUAUUUGCUCUACGUAGCAUUGGCCCACAUGCAUGUGCCCUUAGCCCCGCCCCCGGCGUCCUUCUCAACCAAUGAACUUGAUGGGGGGCGGGACGUGUAUGCGGCGAGCCUGCAGGAGAUGGAUGAUCUGGUUGGGGCGCUAAAGCGAGCGUCGGAUGAAACCAACCGUGAUAACACGCUCAUCUGGUUCACAGGCGAUAACGGCCCCUGGGAGAAGAAGUGUCAGUAUGCAGGAAGUGUGGGGCCGUACACUGGGACGUGGCAGACCAGCCGAGGUGGGGGCUCCGCCAAGCAGACCACCUGGGAGGGUGGCCACAGGGUGCCUACGGUGGCCUACUGGCCCAGCAGGAUCCCUGCCAACACCAGCAGCCACGCCUUGCUCAGUGGGAUGGACAUCUUCCCAACGCUGCUGUCCAUGGCCGGGCUGAAGCCCCCGGUGGACAGACGCUAUGACGGCAUCGACGCCACGGACGUCCUCCUGAAUGGUGACCAGACCGGCCGAGAGUUCCUCUUCCAUCCUAAUAGUGGUGCUUCCGGGCUCUUCGGGGACCUGCAGACCAUUCGAGCCGGGAAACACAAAGCCUUUUACAUUACAGGUUCAGCCGAGGCCUGUGGUGGGGGGAGGGGGACACAGCUGCUGCAUGACCCCCCCCUGAUCUUUGACCUGGGCGUCGACCAGGCUGAGGCCACGCCCCUGGACGCCGGCGCCCCGGAAUACCAGGAAGUGCUGGGCAAAGUCACCAAAGCCAGGGAGGAGCUACUGUGGGACAUCGCCACCGACCAAUCGGUGUCCGCGGCUGACUACACCCAGGACCAAUCAGCGGCGCCGUGCUGCGACCCGCAGCGCGCGUCCUGCCGCUGCCCUGGGCCGGCUGGAGGCUAGGGAAACAUGCACAUGGGCGCACACACACGCAUAUACACAUGUGAACGCACACGCGCACACACACACACACACACACACACACACACACACACACACACACACACACACACACACACACACACACACACACACACACACACACACACACACACACAUACAUUCAAUGAUUUAUCAUUCAUAAAUUAAUGAAUUCAUUCAUAUAUUCAUUCACAGAGACACACACAAACAUAUAAACAUGUGCACGCACAGUCG